AUGGCGAUUCUUUUGUUUCGGCAUCGUCACAUUUUUCUAUCGAUUGCUUCCGAGGAGGAGUCAAGCCCAGCAAAAAGUCGAUUGAUUUGGAGCAUCAUUCAGUUGGCAUUACUAGUGACAAUCUGGACAUUCUUUGCCGUACUCAUUUGCAUAACGCCGCCCGAUGAUCAUCAAACGGAUGUCGUCUCCCUGCCGCCGCAUUUGCCACAGUUUGUCAAGCUUCUGAAGGUGCCUUCGGGCGAUGCUGUUCGAAUAACGCUGCACGGUAGUAUUAAUGUAUUGAAAACCAUACAUCGAGGCCGAGUGUCGGAAAAUGAAUUGUAUGUUGGUGUUCGUCUGAUCAACUACAAUAAUCGGACUAAGGAAAUGGUUUGGAAGUCGGGUGAAUGGAAAGUCUAUGUCUAUACGAAUAUCUAUAAAGUUCGAACUGUGCGCUUUGACAUUGAACUCAAAGAGGAUGAGAAUGACGACGGCGGCAAUCAAUUGAAGCUUUUAUUUUUGAAUCAUAAAAAUGAAACAACUGGCUUCUCGUUGGCCAUCGAUGCGAAUCCUUUUAAUCAAAUUCACGGCAUCUUUUGUGGCCUUCUGCUAAUGGCAUUGCUUUACAUUCUGCUGAUAUUCAAUAUUAUGGAUCCAAUAUUUGCUGCCUGGCUGGUGGCAUGUGGAGCUCUGGGAGUUCUCUGCUUGGAUGAUUCACGACCAAAACUUGCCACAAUUAUUGGUUGGAUCGAUGUGGAGGCGUUGGUGCUGCUCUUUGGCAUGAUGAUAAUGGUUGCAAUACUGUCGGAAACGGGUCUCUUCGACUAUUUGGCUGUGUUUGCCUAUCAACUGUCGCGAGGCAACGUUUGGUAUCUUCUCUUUUAUCUGUGCUUGCUCACAAGUGUCUUUUCUGCGAUUGUGGACAAUGUAUCGACAUUUACGCUGAUGCUGCCCGUCACGUUGAGGUUGUGUCAAACGCUUCAGUUGAAUUCGACAUUGGUGAUCAUUAGCAUUGCGAUCUUCUCGAAUAUCGGUGGAACUAUGACGCCAGUCGGGGAUACGGCCAAUGCGAUAAUUGGCCAAGACAAGCAUGUAACGGAUCAUGGCAUUACUUUUCUCAAGUUUUCCUUACACAUGUUACCAGGCGUUGUGGCUGCCAUGGUCGUCACGUUUAUAUUGCUCUAUUUUCUGAUACGCAACGAACUCUUUGAGUCGAAGCCAGCGGAUCCUUUACGUGCGACACGUUCGACACGUGUCAACUUGUUGGAUCAUCAUCGACACUGGAUGGAGUCGAACAUAAGACAUCGACAACGCAUUAAUCAUAAAGAGUUGCAUUUUAUGGAGACACUUGAGGAGAUGAAAACGAAAUACAGAAUCAGGAAUAAACCGCAACUGAUUAAAUGUUGCAUCUGCUUUGGCUUUGCUCUGAUUAUGUUCGGAUUGCAAUCGAUGCCGGGCAUUCGAAGUGUGAAGCUCUGCUGGUCAGUUAGCUUGAGUGCGAUAUUGUUGGUGAUGCUGGUGAAUCAGGCGAAUCUUGAGUCGAUUAUGAAACGCGUCGAAUGGUCGCAUCUGGUCUAUUUGGCAGCGCUCUUUGUGCUCAUGGAAUGUCUCGUCGAGAUGGGCUUCAUCGAUUGGCUGGGACAGCUGACCAUCAAUUUGGUGAUGAGUGUGGACAAGUCACAGCAAUUGACGGUUGCCAUUCUGCUGCUGAUGUGGACAGGUGCUCUAGGCUCGGCUUGUGUGGAUGCAGCGCCCAUCACAACGAUGAUGCUGAAGGUGACCAUUCAGCUGGCUGCCAGAAAUGAAAUUCCCUUUUCACCCUUGAUUUGGGCUCUCUCCUUUGGCGUUUGCUUGGGCGGCAAUUCGAGUUUGAUUGGUGCAUCGAUGCGUUUCUUGCUAAUUGGUUUACCAAUCACAAUUGCCACGGUGUUUGUUUCGACCGUUUAUCUGCUCAUUGCACACUGCCUUUUCCAUUGGCAUGGAUCAGAUGAUAUGCUAAAGAUAUGA